GAAAGUGGUUUCACAUACUGUGUGUAUGUUUCUCAUGAAGUUCUAUGUUCAGAAAUCGGCUUUCGAGUCAAAGAAAAUGAAGUGAACUUGUUUAAACAAAAGGAGUUUCCUCCUUCAAGCCACGCCAGCCUGCCAGCCUAUAAACCUUCAUAAAGCAGUGAAGGCGAGUCCUUCUUUUCCUGGCAGGGACUGACAGAUCAAAGUUUACCAGAGUGGCUCCCUAGAGACACGAGAGGUGUGCACUCCUGGCCGGGAGAGCUGAACGGUGGAACUAUCUGCUAUCUGCAUCAAAGCCCCCAGGAUAUAAAGCCAUUUCCUGAAGGGCCCGACCCACCACCAUGAGGUCCUGCCCCUGGAGACGCUGCCGCCCGGGCCGGGCUGUCCACUGGCCCUUGCUUCUUCUGGCUGUGUUGAUCUUGCUCUUCUCCCUGCCCUUCUUCAUCGAGGAACCUAACACAAAGCCUUCCAGGUAUCAAGGUACAGAGAACAUUAAACAACGUUCUCUAGAGUUACCACAAAAGGCAAAUUCCCAGGCACCCACAGUGGGAAGGAGGACAACUGCCUGUGUAAAGUCAGCUCGAGAGAAUAGUAUGCUUGGCAAACAACUCGAGAGCAGAGCCCACGCUGCUGAAGAGAGCAGAACAGCGGAGCCCAGGGAGGACCCAGCAGUGAAGGCCUCACCUGGGGAGCAGGUCAGAGCGCCCCCCACAGCAAAGAUGGGGUCACAGAAGAGUCAGGAAAAACAGCAAACCGUGGCGGAGAUACUGUCACCAGGAUGUCAAGACAAAAGGACGGCCACUGGGAGGACAGGGACACCCUCACUGCAGAGUCAAGACAUGAAGAUAGCCAGAGAGGUGGGGAGCCAGCACAAGCAGCCGACAACCCCAAGGACAGUGCCCAUGAAGGACAAAGGAACAGCCACAGCAAAGAGACUCACCCUAGGAGGUCAGGGCAUGACUCCAACCACCUCAGCGGGAGUGAGAGGAGGCCGUCUCUCAACGAGGAAUAGAAAGACGGGAGUUACCCCAGCAAUCAUCCAGAAAAAAAGCACCUCGGUGAGCAUCAGGACUCAACCAAAAGCCACACCGAAGGUGAAGCUGAAGAGUCUACCAUCCGAGGAGAGAGCCGCUUCCCAGGGUCCCACCGCACAAAGAGCCCAGAGACUGAAGGCCACCAACUUCAAGUCUGAGCCUCGGUGGGAUUUUGAGGAAAAUUAUAGCUUGGAAGUGGCGGCCCUACAGACGAGCUGUCCCGACUCUGUGAAGGUCAAAGCCUCCCAGUCUCAGUGGCUCCAGCACCUCUUUCUGCCCAACCUGACCCUCUUCCUAGACUCCAAACGCUUCACCCAGAGCGAGUGGGACCGCCUGGAACACUUCGCACCACCCUUUGGUUUCAUGGAGCUCAAUUACUCCCUGGUGCAGAGGGUCGUGAGCCGCUUCGCCCCAGUGCCCCAGCAGCAGCUGCUCCUGGCCAGCCUCCCCCCCGGGGAGCCCCAGUGUAUCAGGUGUGCCGUCGUGGGCAACGGGGGCAUCCUGAACAACUCCCAGGUGGGCCGGGAGAUAGACAGCCACGACUACGUGUUCCGACUGAGCGGAGCUGUCAUUAAGGGGUAUGAACAGGAUGUGGGCACUCGGACGUCCUUCUACGGCUUCACCGCCUUCUCCCUGGUCCAGUCCAUUUUUCUGUUGGGCAGACAGGGCUUCCAGCACGUGCCACUGGGGAAGAAUGUCCGCUACCUGCACUUCCUGGAAGGCACCCGGGACUAUGAGUGGCUGGAAGCCCUGCUUCUGAAUCAGACCCUGAUGGGAAAUAACUUUCACUGGUUCAGGCGCCGGCCCCAGGAAGCUUUUGGGGAAGCCUUGCCACUGGACAGGUACCUGUUGCCACACCCAGACUUGCUCAGAUACAUGAAGAACAGGUUUUUGAGGUCGAAGACCCUGGACACUGUCCACUGGAGAAUAUACCGCCCCACCACGGGGGCCCUCUUGCUGCUCACUGCCCUUCAGCUCUGCGACCAGGUGAGUGCCUAUGGCUUCAUCACCAAGGGCCAUGAGCGCUUCUCGGAUCACUACUAUGAUAAGACGUGGAAGAAGCUGGUCUUUUACGCAAACCAUGACUUCAAGUUAGAGCAAGUGCUCUGGAAACGGCUACACGACGAAGGUAUAAUUUGGCUGUACCAGCGCCCAGAACUUCCAAAGUAAAGAACCGACGGAGGUUGCAAUCCGCCCUUCAACCCUUCCAAGGAACAGUGUGCGCUGGGUGUCUGAGACUCUUGCACCAUUUUCUCUAGUAUGAGAAUCCUCAUGAUGCCUCAGGGAACACCGGACAGAGGAAGAGUCUCACUCAAGACGGCAAAUGAUCCAUUGUGGUUUUGGAGUCUUUUUGCUGCAGGGCCUGAUUCCUAAGACCAGAGAUCUUCAGCGAAAUGAGGUGAUAAGUGAUCAGCGCCCUCGCUGUUCAAAAGCCACUCGCUACAGUGGAAAGAGCCUGAACUCAUAGAGACAUAGAGAUUUGGAUUUGAGUUCCAGAUCUUCUACUGACUACUUGCAAAAUCUUGAAGACGUUACUUAAUUUCACUACAGGUUGUCUAGAGGACCUUUCCAGAGCUUAUCUGGUUCUAGAGCGGCUUGCACCUUUUAUAGUCUUUGAGAUAUUUUACAACUCUGUGGGUUGUAGAAAGCUGAUAGUAAUACUGAUAAUUCUUGUCCAUGAAGAUGCAAAUGAAGUUUAUACAAUGAAGGUGCAACUUAUUAUUGCUCUGUGGACAGCCACCCAGUUUUGCAUCUAUUUGCAAAUUCAUUGUGGCCUUUCUGAUUGCCUACAUGUGUGUCUGUUCUUUGGAACCAGUUUUUACAUCUUACUGGUCCCUUCACUAA